AUGGUGAAGACAAGAGGCUCUGCAUGGCCAAUGGACCUCAGGAUUGUACUUGUGGGAAAGACUGGGUCUGGGAAGAGUGCGACAGGAAACACCAUAUUGGGAGAGAGGAAAUUUGAAAGCAACGCCUGUGUAUGUUCUGUGACCGAAAGCUGUGAGAAACAGUGUGGGCAAGUGGAGGGCAGGAACGUUGCUGUGAUCGACACUCCAGGGAUCUGUGACAGUGACAAGAGCGAAGACCAGAUGAGGAAGCUGAUGACUAACUGCAUAAAGUUGUCACUACCAGGUCCCCAUGUGUUCCUCCUAGUCAUACGACUAGGAGUGCGCUUCACGAGAGAAGAGGAGAGCGCUGUGAAAUGGAUCCAGGACAACUUUGGUGAGGACGCGUCUCGCUACACCAUAAUACUCUUCACCCAUGUCGACCAGCUGAAAGGACUACCUGAGGAAGAGUGCCUAAAGCAUUUGAGUUUGAACAGGAUCUACAACAGCUGUGGAGGAAGGUACCUAUCGUUCAACAACGAUGAUAUUGGGAACCGAGAACAGGUCAAAAGCCUCAUGGAGAAGAUAGAAGCCAUGUUGAGAACCAACACUGGAGAGUACUACACAAACGGCAUGUACGAAGAGGCUCAGAGGAAAAUCAAAGAAGAAGAUGAGAGAAGACAGGAGGAGGAGGAGAGGAAGAAGGCAGAAGAGAGGAGGAAGCAGGAGGAGGAAUGGAGGCAUCAGGAGGAAAGGCGGAAAGAGGAAGAGAAGAGGAAAUACGAAGAUGAGAGGAGAAGAGAAGAGGACAGAAGAAGACAAGCAGAGGACCAAAGGCGAAGAGAAGAAGACAGGCAGAGGAAAGAGGAGGAGAGAAGAAAAGAGGAUGAGAGGAAGAGGCAAAAAGAGGAGAGAAUGAAAGAAGACAAGAGGAAAAGGCAGGAGCAGUUAGAAAGACAACAGAAGAGUUCAUGCUUCAGGACAUGCUGUCCCUGCUUUGUCAGUAAUCCUGAAAGACAGCCCCUAUUAGACAACCAAUAGAAAAUGUUCCUGACACAGCUCCUUUCAGACAAUGAAUAGAAAUCAAUUCUGAAAUGGGUCAUGCCCUCUACUUCCUGGUUCAUGGGGCAGAGGGAGUCAAACAAGAAUUACUGGGCUUGAAAUGAGUGGUUUUUCGACAACAAUCCAAGCCUUGGACCUCCACCUAUGCACCACAAAUCCACCACGACUCGCCUCGUUCACUUCCAUUCAAUUUUUUUGCAACUUAUUGCCCCAUGAACCAGGAAGUAGA